CUAUUUGGCAGCGGAGGAGGGGAGGGCAAGAGCUCGGCCGCAUUCGGGGCCGCCUGCGCUCAUCAAACGCUGCUCAUUGAACACACAGUGAGGCAGAGCUGGAGUGGAAAUAUUUUUUUUUAUGCCGCAAUAUGCGUGAAUUUCUAAAAUAAACCCGGGGUUGCUGGAGCCCUUCUGAAGGAGGUCUGGAUCAGUACUCAUUGGCGCGGGCCCUGAGAGGCCGACCCGUCCCCCCGACUCUCUCCUGAGCCCCAGUCAUUCCACAGCGUCAGACGGGCAUCGGGCAAGCUCCUUACAUGCCAGCGUUUUUUGUUUUAUUUUGACUGCCUCCUUUAGGUUGAGUCCCCUCUCUCCCGAAACUCUUUCAUUCAUCAGAAAGAGUAGAGGAUAUUUUGACCCUAGUGCGGCAGCUGGGCUGCUCCAACACACACAGAUGAAUGAAGACCCCAUUCGGGAAGAACGCGGCCCAGAGAUCCAGAGCUGAUGCAGGGCAUGCUGGUGUCUCUGCAAAUAUGAUGAAGAAAAAGAACUCUCAUAAGAAACACAAAAGCAGCGUAGGCCCCACUAAAGCUGUGGCUCAGCCGCGGAGGAACAUCGUGGGCUGUCGAAUCCAACACAUCUGGAAGGAGGGCAGCGGCGCGGCGUCGCAGUGGAAAGGCACAGUUUUAGACCAGGUGCCCGUCAACCCCUCGCUCUACCUGAUCAAAUACGACGGCUUCGACUGCGUCUACGGCCUGGAGCUGCAUAAAGAUGAGCGCGUGCAAGGACUCGAGGUCCUGCCAGACAGACUCGCCUCGACGCGCAUCAGCGACGCUCACCUGGCCGACACCAUGAUCGGGAAAGCCGUGGAGCACAUGUUCGAGACGGAGGAUGGCACUAAGAACGAGUGGAGGGGAAUGGUUCUGGCCCGGGCGCCCAUCAUGAACACCUGGUUCUACAUCACGUAUGAGAAGGACCCGGUGCUCUACAUGUAUCAGCUGCUGGAUGACUAUAAAGACGGAGAUCUGAGGAUCAUGCCAGACUCCAACGACUCGCCCCCAGCGGAGCGUGAGCCCGGAGAGGUGGUGGACAGCCUCGUGGGGAAGCAGGUGGAAUACGCCAAAGAGGACGGCUCUAAACGAACUGGGAUGGUUAUCCAUCAGGUGGAGGCCAAGCCCUCCGUCUACUUCAUCAAGUUUGAUGACGACUUUCACAUUUACGUCUAUGACCUGGUGAAAACAUCGUAAGGCGGCGACACGGGACGAGGAGAGGGGGAGGAGUUUCACCUAACCAUGUGAUCCACACAAACGUUUUUUUUUUUUUUUGCCAAAAGUUCUCUCGAAACAUUUCUCGUAACAUCGUUUGGAAAUGGAACGCUGGAUAUUUCGGUGGAUUAGUGGCUAGUCGGGUGUCUCUUAUCGCUGUUGGAUGAACGGACAUCCGUCCCCCGACAUACACACGUAGCUUCAUAUUUCAGAGGUUCGUCUCGACAAUUUCCCAUUCCUGUUGGUUGUUACGAAGACGUUCGUCGGGAAAAUCCAGUUUGGCUGUUGUGGAACGUUUAAGUGUUCAUCUGUUGGACUGUUACAAUCCCGUCAUGGGUUGAGAUUCAAGCUAGCUUUGUGCGCCGAUCUUUCGGGAAACGGUGGAAACGAAAUGCGCGGGCCGUUUAUCUUUCAAACCUGAGAAACGCGUCGGUCCGUGAAGGAUGGGGAGCGUUCGGGACGUCCUAAACCUCGUAAAGUGCCAGGAGGUGGAGGGCGGGAGAAAAUGUCUGUAAAUAAGACAUCAUUCUGUUUUUGAUGUCUUUGAGUCGGUUGCCAGAUGUUUCAUGUUUUAUCCCUCCUUCUUCUGGUUCUCGCCAGAAUUUGUGCACAUACGCUCCACUGUCAAUCAAAUGUAGGCAUUUGUUGCGUGAAACCCCACCGUCUUGUUUUUAUGUAUUUUGUUUUCAACCUUUUAUUAUAUAUAUAUAUAUAUAUAUACACAUCUCAUCACCACAAGUAAACGCUAAUGCAGAUUUUAGAAUCUUAAGCACUAAAUUUAGAGACCUGUUUGUUUUCAAUGAAUUUCAUUUUUAAAUUUCAUGUUUGCAACGUUGAUUUAACGUUUGCCUAAUGUUGAUAUAACGUUCAUUUCACUUCAUUUACUUUAAUGGGCUUCAUAACAUCUACAAAAUGCCUACUUAUUGUAUCAUGUUGCAUAGUGUAAACAUUUCCUCUUGGGUUAUUGUUGUUAUGGUGUAGAUUAAUGGGUUUAUUGUGUCUUAGCACAUGAUUUUGACUCUUUAAGCACUAAAAAUCAUACGGUUACCCAAUUCCCCCAAAGUAUUUAGAGAUGUUACAUAAAACUAAUUGCACAAAGUGUUUAAUCCUGUACUGGUUAGAAAAUGCUGAUGCAAUAAUGAAGAAAGUAUUCAGGAAUUUCUUUGCACCCCGUGAUAUUAGCGUUGUUUUUCUUUGAUCAGCCUCGGAGAGAUUUCUCUGACGCUCUGCGAGCAUAAACGUCUGUGCCUGGAUAUUGACUUCUGUAUGUUUUUUUACGUGUGUGUUUGUCUGAAGGUUUGAGUGUUCCCAUUAGACUAAAUGACAUGAAGGCCCCCUCCGAGGAAUGUUACAGUGUCUCAAGAAGCCCUCGCAGCUCCAUGUGUUUUGCAUUAUUUCAACGAUUUGUGCUGCUCCGAGUUACAGCGCUCCUGUUUUCACACUUACAUAAAGAGUUUCUCUUGUUCUCAA